AUGCAUCUUCCACCUUCAAAAUGGCUUAUUUAUAUGGAUGUUCCAAAACUCAGCUCAAAAGCAAUAAAUGUAACCGUUGUCAAAGAAUUGUUGAAUCAACCAAAGAGCAUCGUCGACAUGCCAAUUUUUGAAACGGAUCGAGGAUUUCUUCAUUAUACAACUUUUCUAUGCAUGGCCGUGAGGAACAGAGACGAGAAAUUGAUAGACUAUUUGAUUCACCGAGGAGCCAAUGUAAAUGAGUCUUCAGCUGAUAAGGAUGAAACGCCUGUGUUUAUAGCAGCCAAAAACGGAGACACCAAAGUGUUCAAAAAAUUUUAUCACCUGGGUGCUUAUAUUGAUUCGAGACCAUUAUGGGAUUUGCCACCGUUCUUGAUGGCUGCUCAUUGUGGACACUUUGAAAUCAUAAAGUACCUGAUUCAACAAGGCUUUGAUGUAAAUAAAACCGAUCCAGACUAUGGCACUAGCCUAUUGCACCACGCUGCUGCUAGUCCAAACACUGAAUUAGUAGAAUUUUUGCUGGACAAUAACGCAGAAAUUGACGCCAAGAGCGUUAAAGGCGAAACUCCGCUCGUGUAUGCUAUCCUCCACGGAAGAAUCAGCACUGCCAAGUUAUUAUUAGCGAGAGGGGCUGGUAUUUACAGCGUUCGGAGCUCUAUCAGCGAAUCUACGCUAAUGCACGACGUUCAUAAUAAACAAUUCUAUCUUAAAAAUUUAUUGAGUUUAGACGAGCCGGAGACUGAUAUUAAUAUUCUCAAUAAAGCAGGACAGACCAUUCUCCAUUAUAAAUAUUCAACCGGCUGUAGAGGGGAAAAUAGUUACAUUAUUCUCGAUGCUGGCGUUGACGUUAACGCUCGAGAUUCAGAGGGUCAACUUGCUAUUAAUUGUAUUCAGACUGAUGGAGAAAAUACCGAUCGGUUCGUUGUUAAAUCUCACAUUAUCAAGUUAUUAUUAGCUGGGUUAACAGUUUGUGAAGGAAAUCGACAAGCUAUUAAAGAGUCCCUUGAUGAAAAUCAACAAGUUAUAAAAUUCUAUCAGAAAGAUAACGUUCUGAAAGAGCUCGAAGAAAUGAAAGUUAAUAAAAUCGGUGUGAGUAAUAUCACAUUUUUUAAUGCUUUACACAUGAGUUUUCAUUAUUUAGCAAUCCGCUUAAAAUUUGCGGGUUUGGAUCAAGUUAUCAGUGAAAAAAAAUUAAAGACUGUGUAUCCGUUUUACGGAGGAAUGCUCUUUUACAAAUUGUCCAAGGUUCGGCGAAGAAUAAAAUACUUGGAAGAAGUCGAAAAAUGUGUUGAAGGAAUAUUAUGGGAUUUAGGACUUCCGUCGACUUUUAUCAGAGAAUUAUGGUCUUAUUUCAAUAAUAUCGAGUUGAAUAAAUUAAUGAUGCAUAAAAACGAUAAUUUUAUUAGAUUUUUGUAA